UAUUGCACUACUAAUUUAAUUUAGUCUGUUAGGAAGUAGCCAAAUUCAAUCUUGCUCACAGAGCUACUCAGAAGGUCGCUGCUUACACUGCACAAUGGCAUUCCCAACGAACGAGGUUUCGGCUACCACUAAUGAUGUUGAAACAGUUUUGAACGAAAUAUGUGAAGUGCUCAAAGCCCAUGAAGACAGAUAUGAUGGUGUAAUUGUUGACACAGAGAAUAUGCAGAACGAUGCUUGUCGUUUUGCAGCUUCACUGAAGGCAUCACUUUCUCAAUGGGCACGCCAGGGAAAGAAGGCGGUGUGGAUUAAAGUUCCCAAGGAACAGGCGAAACUAGUACCCGUUGCGAUUGAGGUGGGAUUUGGGUACCACCACGCAGAGCCUUCAUAUGUGAUGUUAGUGCAUUGGAUCCCUCAAACUCCCCCCACCAUCCCUGAUAAUGCUUCACAUCAAGCGGGAGUUGCAGCUUUUGUAUUCAACGAGGAGGGAGAGGUUCUAGUAGUUCAAGAAAAGUGUGGCCCUUACAAAGAUUCCGGGCUGUGGAAGAUGCCAACAGGAAGAAUUAACAAGGGGGAAGGCAUUAAGGAAGGGGCCGUAAGAGAAGUUCAGGAAGAAACAGGGAUUAAUACAGAAUUUGUACAAGUGGUUGGGUUCAGGGAUGGUCACAAUGCCCCUUUCGGAAAAUCCGAUCUGCUCUUCGUGUGUAUGUUGAGAUCUCUUUCUUCUAAUAUUGUUGUGCAAGAUACCGAAAUUUCAGUAGCCAAGUGGAUGGCGAUAGAAGAAUUUGCAUCUCAACCUAAAAAUCAGCAAAGCAAACUCCUAAAAGAUAUGAUCGGCGUGUGUGUUGCCAACGUCAACGGACAAUGUGAAGGAUUUUCAGGCAUUGGGAUAUCGUCCAACUCGCACAAACCCUCUGCUUUCUUCUGCACUGCCCUUAAUUCUGAGUAA